AUGGCUGAUUGCAAGCCACUGUCUACUCCGGCAGCCAUCUCACAAUCCGCUACGCCGUCUUCUGACUUGUUUGAUAAUCCGACUCAGUAUCGCCGUAUUGUUGGGGCUCUUCAGUAUCUAACAAUCACUCGCCCUGAUCUUUCAUAUGCAGUUAAUAGACUCUGUCAGUUCACGCAUUCUCCCACGGUAGAUCACUGGGGUCUGUUGAAACGGGUUCUUCGUUAUGUUAAAGGGACUCAGGAUCAUGCGCUGCGUAUUUCUACUUCGGCGUCUACUGAAAUACAUGCUUACUCUGACUCUGAUUGGGCCGGUUGUCCGAUUGACAGAAAAUCCACCAGUGGCUAG